AACAUUUCCUACUCCUGCCGGAUCAGACUAGCGAGCCAAGCCACCGACGGCCGACGUCGAGCCUCCGCGGCCGAGCCUCCGCCUAGCACCAACUCCGUCGUCGAUCGUCCUAUGCGACCACGCCCCCGUCCGCCUUCCGUCUCCUGCCUCCACUGAGUCGCGGGCGCGACAUCGGGGAACGCCAAGGCUGAGCUUCGCCCAUACGCCUACCGCCCUGUUAUGCCCCGAACCGCCGUGCUGAGGUCCGCCCAGGCCGGGCCAGGAGCUUCUCCCGGCAGACCCACCCCCGCCCAACGGAGCUCCAUGCCUCCGCCCAGGGCCAUUGUCCGAGCUACGCCCCACGCUCCUGUCCAGUGCCCUGGCCACUUAGAUGGUUCUGCUCAGUCAUGGUAUUUGUCUGGUUCAACAACUUCAACUUCAACCAAGGGACGCAUCUAUCACAAGACGUAUGGUUGCCAAAUGAAUAUAAGUGACAUGGAGAUUGUGCUUUCUAUCAUGAAAAAUGAAGCGAUACGGGUCUGCCAUCUCUAUAUGACAUUUGGCUGUAAAUGGAUUAUGAUCAUAGUUGAAUAAGUUGGAGCGUCAGGUCAAUGGUCCCCCCAAUAAUUAAACUAGAUGGUGGAGUGGAGCUUUGUUUUGGGAUGAUGCAAGCAACUUUUAUGUUUCAGAACAUUGUACUCAACUGAUGCUUGUGGCCGUUGAACCUAUUCUACUUACUUUUGGAUUUAAGUUAAGGAUAGUUAAAAAUAUUUGAUGUUUAAUACUUGUGUUGGAUGUUUUAUGUGUCAAUUCUAUGUGGAUGCUAGAAAAGUUGUGUACACUCAUGUUAUUUGAUGAAAUUGUAUGCACGAUUUGGUU